AUGGCGGCACGAAAGCUCCAGCAGGAGAUCGAUAAAUGCUUCAAGAAGGUCGACGAAGGCGUGGCAGAAUUCGAUGCGAUCUACGAGAAGAUCGAGCAAUCAGGAAAUGCCGCCCAGAAGGACAAGCUGGAGGACAACCUCAAACGAGAGAUCAAGAAGCUGCAGAGGCUUCGCGACCAGAUCAAGACAUGGGCCGCAGGGAACGAGAUCAAGGACAAAGCUCCUCUGCUGGAUAAGCGGAAAUUGAUCGAGACUAAGAUGGAGAAUUUCAAGGCCGUGGAAAAAGCAAUGAAGACCAAGGCAUAUUCAAAAGAAGGCUUGUCUGCGGCAGCGAAACUGGAUCCCAAAGAACUGGCAAAGUCUGAAGCUUGCGAUUUCUUAAGCCAGUCGGUGGACGAACUAGAGCGCCAAAUAGAGACCCUGGAAGCAGAGGCUGAAUCGAUACAGGCAACAUUGAAGAAGGGUAAAGGGCAUUCGUCGAAAGCGGAGAGAAUUGCCACGAUCGAGGCGAUCACAGAAAAACAUAAAUGGCAUCAGGGGAGGCUAGAACUGAUAAAGCGGUCGUUAGAGAACGGCGGGGUGGAAACCAAGGAAGUCAAUGACUUGGAGGACAGUAUAAAGUACUAUCUCACCGACGGCAUGACUGAUGAUUACAUGGAUGAUGAGACCAUGUACGAUGACCUAAAUCUGCAAGAGGACGAGGAGAACUACGGUAUGAACAAUGAUAAUGACCGUGUAUCGUCGCAAGACACGCAGUCGAUACAGGACGAGACACCGGAACCUGAGGCGAGGGCGAAUGUACCGAGUGGAAAGUCAAAAUCUGUACCAGAGCCUGCUGUUGCUGCAGCAAGACGACCGUCAACACAGAUAAAGAGCCCCCUACCGGCACUGGCCACAUUACAUACGCCUUCGGCAGUCUCUAAUGGCACGAAUAAUCAUAUGAAACCUGCGGCAGUUCCGACAAGAGCACCUGGAGAGACAUUAAAAUAUGCUUCAGCAGCGGCAGCGGCAGCAGCGAGUGAUAAGAUGGGAAUUGCUCCAUUACCUCCGCCUCCCGAAGCCCUUCCUGCGCCGAGUACGUCGUCGAAUCAUCCACCAUUACCCUCACAUCGAAGACCAAGUGUUACGGCGUCUCCCACAGCAGUGUUCUCUCAACCCACCAGCGUUCAUCAAACACCGGUGACGAAGCCCAGUGUGCCAGCCACUUCCCAGGUAUCGGAUACACCUACAAGCGCGAAAUCGCCAGCACUAAGCUCAUCGAGUAUUCCUGCGACUUCACGACCAGCUCUGGAGCAACAGGAUAGCAGGCCUGGGGCAUCACGAGCCUCGUCUGGCAAAGCCCCAGCAGUGCCAGAGACCUCUGCUAGCUCAAAAGCUCCUGCUCAACAUACCAACGGUAUCACAAACGGCACCAAGAGUGCCCCAAUCGAGGAUCAGGAUGAGUCAAUCUUCCAUUUGCCGUCAGGACUGGAAGACUUAUUACAGUCAUUUGAAGGGAAUGCACGCCGGUCUACCCUCCCACCGUCCCAAUCAUCUCAAAGGAUGCUUUCGGCGUCUCUCAACAAUUUCCCAGAAACCAUGGACGGACUGCCUCCGAGAAACUACAAGCCAAAGAAUCCGAUCAGAACCCCGUCGUACUAUCCUCAAGAGCUGAAUUCAUGCUUUGAUGAUGCUCGCUUGUACUCCCGUAUUGAUCCAGAUACACUAUUCUAUGUCUUUUACUAUAAGCAAGAGACGUAUCAACAAUAUCUUGCCGCCAAAGCACUGAAGGAUCAAAGUUGGCGCUUCCAUAAGCAGUAUCAAACAUGGUUCCAGAGACAUGAAGAGCCAAAGACAAUCACAGAGGAGUUUGAGCAGGGAACAUAUCGUUUCUUUGACUAUGAGAGCACGUGGAUGAACCGUAGGAAAGCAGACUUUAAAUUUGCGUACAAAUUUUUGGAGGACGAUGUAUGA